AUGCCGCAACUUCUGAGAGAUGUCCUCUGUAUAAUCGAGACAUUCCACAAGUAUGCCAGUGAGGAUGGUAACAAGGCAACGAUGACUUACAGAGAGUUGAAACUGCUCCUUCAGGGCGAAUUUGGAGACUUUCUUCAGCCACAUAUCAUUCAUGCUGUGGAGAGAAAAUUGAAUCUUCUAGAUAUUGACAGUGAAGGCACCAUCAGUUUUGAUGAAUUUGUCCUUGCAAUCUUUAGCUUAUUGAACCUCUGUUACCGUGACAUACAGUCAUUACUAAAUUCAGAACCAAGAAAAGCGUCUAAAUCAGAGAAGCCAGAUGAUGUGGACCUUCAGGCAGCCACCAGAAAUGGUCAGCAGACAGGAGGAACUUUGCCAACUCAAGAAAAGGUGGUGCUUCCUUUACGAAUGGCAUCAUUAGCUCAACUCAGCAGUGAAGAAGAUGAUGCAGUUGAACACAAUAAAGUGGACCCAAGUGAGGACAUCAAGACUCACAACCUGCUAUGGGAAGCAUCUGAGCCCAGUGACUCUAAGGACUUGGAAGGAGAUGAACAGAACCAGGAAGUGGUCCAAGAUGUACCAGCCCUGGAAGACAACAGAGCCCAACUCAAGACAAGUAAGCCAAUAAAAGGAUCAAAAAAGACCAACAGUUCUACAAAGGGGAUUCCCAGGGAAGGAGAUAAACCAGCCAAGAGGCAAAGUGGAGAACAGGAAGAGAACUUGGAACUACAACAAGAAACAACACAGAGACCAUCUGAAGAUCAGGAAGAUGCUACAGAAAGUGGCAUUAAGGAACACUCUAAAGCACAAGAAUCAUUCUUGCAAAGAGAAGAUAAAGUCAGUUCAAAGCAUGCUGACCUGCCAGGAAAAACUGCUGCCAGGAAACCAUCUCAGACACAGAAAUCAACUGAUCCUGGGGAUGAUAGCAGAGCAUCUGAGACUCAAGCACCAAGAAAGGAUGUUGGUGGGAUACCACCUGAGACCACAAAUUCACAUGAACCUGAGGAUGAUAGUAACACAUCUGAGACCCAAGAAUUGCCAGCACGAGAAAGAAAACAUGAAACAAAGGACCAACCAGUACAAGGUGGUAACAGAAAUGUUUCAGAAAUACCUGAUAUUAGAGCUGAAAGGGAAGACAGGAGAAGCCCUAAGACACAUGGAGCAGCAGGGCAGAAAGAAGGUGAGAGAAAACCUCAGCUCCCAGCCCUGGAAGCCCAAACACAGCAUGGGAAGUAUCAGGAACUCCAAGGAUCAUCAAAAGAAAAAGAUGCUGAAAAAAGUUUUGAUACACAAGAUCUAAGCUCAGAAGAAAGAAGUCAGAAUCACCCUGAAACUAAAGGAAAAUCAGAAGAAGAGGCAAGACAUACUGAGGAAGGCAUAGCAGAAGCAUUUGUCAUCAGCAAAAAUGGUCCUGCAGUUGAAGGGGCACCAGGGACAAGAGAAAGAACACAAGAGUUGGCACCACUAGAGAAGCAGUCUGAAGAAGAAAAGAACAGGGCCAGUAAGACUCAUGACCAAUCCAUCAGGGAGGGGGAGGAUCCCAAGUUACCAGUUUCACAGAAUGAUGAGAGGUCUUGUGAAACUCCCAAAAGCCUGGCUUCAGAGGAAAGUAACAGCAGCUCAGAGACAAGUGAACUGCAUGUGCAAGAGGAUACCCAGAGUCAGGUAGACUCACAGGAAGGGUCUGUUCAAGGAGGUCUCAAGAACCCAGAUCCCCAGAAACAGAGAGCACCAAAUGAGAACAGCAGAGUGCAGGAUGCAGUGGUGCUAUCAGUCAGAGGGGAGGAUGUGAAGCUCCCAGAGGAACAGGAACAGCCUGCCAGAGGGGAAUACAAAAGUCAAAGCUCAGGAACCAAAGACCAAGGUGCAACUAUGAAGCCUGAUGGACACCCCGAGGCACUAGAGUCCACAGCCGGAGGCAAAAACAGCCAGUCUCUAGAGGUAGAGACUCCAAGUCACUUGGAAAAUGACAGCCCUGACCAGAUUUCUGUAACACACUUCCCUGGAAAUGGAGUAAGAGGAAAAGAACUAAAGGUCCACGCCCCAGAUAUCAAAGAAGAGGAAGGUAGAGCACCAGAGACCAGGGAGACUCUAUUAAAAAGCCUGGAUAAUGACAAUAUGACCUCCCCCAAGACACAGCUUGAAACAGAGGAACCUGGAACAUUGAAGGAAGAGGAUGAAAGUCUCCAAGAACCAGCAGAAGAAGGUGAUGAGCAACAAAGCAAUGAACCAUUAUCUUUGCCACAGGAGAAGUGA